GGAUGGAUCACAGGGCGGCCUCGGAUCAUUCCUGCCAAGAAAAACGGGACAUGUGAGCAGCUGCCCAGGUUUGGCCCACGCCCAUCCCGGCGAGACCUGUCGUGAUCAUUCCUUUGAACGGAAUAGAGAUUCAGAAAUUAGAAAAUGGCACCACUUCUUGCAGAGGAAGUCAUCAAGCAUCCUGCUUUCAAUACGGUCGACUGGAAGCUCCAUCCCACCACAUCGGGAACAUGUACGGUGGCCCAAACCAGGCGCGGUGGGCCCCUGAAUAUGAAUUAUGAGAUCCAUGGCUCUGGGCCCGUGAAGUUAGUUUGGGUGAUGGGCCUCAACGGAUCCCUCAAAGACUGGAAGCGUCAGACGAAGUACUUUGGCCACCAGCAUGCUUCCAAAUAUUCGUGUCUGAUUUUUGACAACCGUGGCGUUGGUCGUUCGGACAAGCCGGUCUGUUAUUAUUCCACAUCAGAAAUGGCUCAGGAUGCCGUAGACCUGGUCGCUUCGCUGGGCUGGAUCGACCUCAGCGCCCCUCCAAAACGAUCGAUCCAUGUCAUCGGCGCUAGUAUGGGCGGCAUGAUCGCCCAAGAGAUUGGAAUGCUCAUCCCCGAUCGCCUGUUGAGUCUAACCCUCUGCUGCACAGCUCCGCGUGUUGUCCGGACUGGUCCGUUUUUCGAAAACUUGCGUCAACGGGCGAGCAUGUUCAUUCCCCGCCAUGUUGACGUAGAGCUGGAGAGAAUAGCAAAGAGUACUUUCGCAGACGAAUUUCUUGCCCAGCCAGAUACGGAGUACGAGGAUCCGACGAUGAACUUUCCGACCAAGCGGGAUCGCUUUGCUGCUGCCAUGCUGCAGAAGCGUGCUGACACCGAAGCGCACACGAAGAAAGGAUUUCUCAUGCAGAUUGUGGCUUGCUAUUUCCAUCAAAAGUCAGCGGAGCAGCUGAAGUCACUGGGGGACCAAGUGGGGAGAGAGAGGAUCUUCGUUUGCCAUGGCACCAAAGAUCUGAUGCUGACCUUCCGUCAUGGGGAAAUAAUACGCGAGGAGAUCGGGGAGGGAAUCCAAUGGAAGGCUUUUGAGGGUAGCGGCCACAUGCUAGGCUGGGAGAGAGAGCAAGAGCUGAACAACCUGCUCGAGGGAUUUGUGGAUAGAAAUAACUGAAAGAUCAUUCCUG